GGAGCCGCAAAGCACCUGUGGGUUCGCGGAAGUCCGUUCAGACUCCAGCCCGGCCCAGCCCGGCCCGGCCCGACCGCACCCGGCCCCCGCCUGCGCCCGGCACCCCCGGCCCGCCAUGGGCCCCGCGUGCCGCAGCCUCUGCGCGCUCCUGCUGCUGCUACAGGUCUCCUCGUGGCUGUGCCAGGAGCCAGAGCCCUGCCAUCCCGGCUUUGGCGCCAACAGCUACACGUUUACCGUCCCCCGGCGACACCUGGAGAGAAGACGCGUCCUGGGCAGAGUGAGUUUUGAAGGAUGCACGGGUCGGCCAAGGACAGUCUAUUUUUCUGAUGACUCCCGAUUCAAAGUGAGCACAGAUGGUGAGAUCACAGUCAAACGGCCUCUACAACUUCAUAACCCAGAGACCAGUUUUCACGUCCACGCCUGGGACUCCACCCACAGGAAGUUUUCCACCAAGAUUACGCUGAAGGCAGUGGGGCACCACCACAACCACGACCGUCACGACUCUGCCUCUGGCGCCCACGUGGAAGUGCUCACAUUUCCCAGCUCCCGCCAUGGUCUCAGAAGACAGAAGCGAGACUGGGUCAUCCCUCCCAUCAGCUGCCCAGAAAAUGAAAAAGGCCCGUUCCCUAAAGGUCUGGUUCAGAUCAAAUCCAACAGGGACAAAGAAACCAAGGUUUUCUACAGCAUCACUGGCCAAGGAGCCGACAUACCACCCAUUGGUGUGUUUAUUAUUGAAAGAGAAACAGGGUGGCUGAUGGUGACGGAGCCUCUAGAUAGAGAAAAAAUCGCCAAUUACACGCUCUUCUCUCAUGCUGUGUCAUCGAACGGGCAAGCAGUCGAGGACCCAAUGGAGAUUGUGAUCACGGUGACAGAUCAGAAUGACAACAGGCCCGAGUUCACCCAGGCGGUCUUUGAGGGGUCUGUCACGGAGGGUGCUCUUCCAGGGACCUCCGUGAUGCAGGUCACGGCCACAGACGCGGACGACGACGUGAACACCUACAACGCCGCCAUCGCUUAUACCAUCCUCGACCAGGAGCCUAAGUUGCCUCACAGAAACAUGUUCACCAUCAACCGGGACACAGGAGUCAUCAGUGUGGUCACUGCUGGGCUGGACCGAGAGACGUUUCCCAGGUAUACCCUGGUGGUUCAAGCUGCUGACCUUCAGGGCGACGGCUUAAGCACAACAGCAACAGCCGUGAUCACCGUCACCGACGUCAACGAUAACCCUCCCGUCUUCAAUCCCACCACGUACACGGGUCAAGUGCCUGAGAACGAGGCCAAUGUCGUCAUCACCACACUCAAAGUGACUGAUGCCGAUGCCCCCAAUACUCCGGCUUGGGAGGCCCGGUACACCAUAUUGAAUGAUAAAGAAGGACAAUUUGUUGUCACCACAGACCCAGGAACCAACGAUGGCAUUUUGAAAACAGCGAAGGGCUUGGAUUUUGAGGCCAAGCAGCAGUACAUCCUACACGUGGCAGUGACCAAUGUGGCCCCUUUUGUGGUCACUCUGACCACCUCCACAGCCACCGUCACCGUGGACGUGCUGGAUGUGAACGAAGCCCCCAUCUUUGUGCCCCCGGAGAAGAGAGUGGAAGUGUCCGAAGACUUCGGCGUGGGCCUGGAGAUCACGUCCUACACGGCCCGGGAGCCAGACACGUUUAUGGAGCAGAAGAUAACGUAUCGGAUUUGGAGGGACGCUGCCAGCUGGCUGAAGAUUAAUCCGGACACUGGUGCCAUUUCCACUCGGGCUGAGCUGGACAGAGAGAACGUCGACUACGUGAAGAACAGCACAUACACGGCCCUCAUCAUAGCGACGGACAACGGCUCUCCAGUCGCUACUGGAACGGGGACACUUCUCCUGGUCCUCUCUGACGUGAAUGACAACGCCCCUGUACCAGAACCUCGAAGCAUGCACUUCUGCCAGAGGAAUCCAGAGCCUCGUGUCAUAAACAUCUUUGAUCCAGAUCUUCCCCCCAAUACUUCUCCCUUCACGGCGGAACUAACACACGGGGCAAGUGUCAACUGGACCAUUGAGUACAACGACCCAGGCCGAGAGUCUAUCAUUUUGGAGCCAAAGAAAACCUUGGAGUUCGGCGAAUACAAAAUCAAUCUCAAGCUCACAGACAACCAGAACAAAGACCAAGUGACCACCUUGGAUGUCUCUGUGUGUGACUGUGAAGGGACCGUCAGAAACUGUGUGAAGUCGCAGUAUGUCGAAGCAGGAUUGCAAGUUCCUGCCAUUCUGGGCAUUCUUGGAGGAAUUCUUGCUUUGCUAAUCCUGAUUCUGCUGCUCCUGCUGUUUCUUCGGAGGAGAGCAGUGGUCAAAGAGCCCUUACUGCCCCCGGAAGAUGACACCCGGGACAACGUUUAUUACUAUGAUGAAGAAGGAGGCGGAGAAGAGGACCAGGACUUUGACUUGAGCCAGUUGCACAGGGGCCUGGAUGCUCGGCCUGAAGUGACUCGCAAUGAUGUCGCACCAACCCUCCUAAGCAUGCCCCAGUAUCGUCCCCGCCCUGCCAAUCCUGAUGAAAUUGGAAAUUUUAUCGAUGAAAAUCUGAAGGCGGCUGAUGGUGACCCCACGGCACCCCCUUACGACUCUCUGCUCGUGUUUGACUAUGAAGGAAGCGGUUCCGAAGCUGCUAGUCUGAGCUCCCUGAACUCGGAGGAGUCAGACAAAGACCAGGACUACGACUACCUGAAUGAAUGGGGCAGUCGCUUCAAGAAGUUGGCGGAUAUGUAUGGUGGCGGCGAGGACGACUAGGGGACUCGAGAGAUGGGUCCCUAGACCCAGACGAUGGAAAUGCAGAAAUAGUGUUGCUGGUGGAUUUUCAGCUCCCUUCCCUGGAGAUGAGUUUCUGGGAACAAGAGACUGAACAGUGAUGCAGUUAGGAUAGUUCUGAUUUCCACUUUAUAGCUCUAAUCUAUGUGUUAGAAAGGUUUUGACCUAUGCCUUGAAUCUUUUUUUUUUUUCCUUUCAUCGCUCCUUACAUAGUGAUGAAGUCCAAGUCCCCCUGAUUUUAAUAUUUCAGAAGGACAAUGUUAGCCUCAGAAGGUUCUGCCAGCAACUUGCAGAUUUCCUUAAGGGGUUUUGCCUCAUUUUUAAAAGGAGAUUUAGUUCUGUUGUUUUGUGUUUAUUAAAAAAAAAAAUUUUUUUUUUAAAUUUUUUUUUAAAUUUGUCUGCUCCUUCCUGCCCCAUCACUGCACUGCUGUCCCAUGUCCUGACAUCCACUCUUACUCCUCAGUUCUGUUGCUUUACCCAGAUGGAAGUUCUCUGAUGCAGAAAUUUCCGAGCCCUUUUAGUGGGGGAACAGGCUUGUGUCUCGGUCUGCACAUCUUGACUGGAUAUUGUAUACUCCAAAGACCUUUUUCACGGUUUCCCUUUUUCGUCUCUUGAGUACAUAACUCGAGCUGGGCAUGACUCGUUCGAGUAAGACUGUUAUGUGAAUGUCCUUAUGCAGUACUUUGGUUCUAAAUGGGGAGACUUGGCCAGAAAAUGUGGUGAGUUUUCAGGUGCCACUUUAUUUUCAAUGUUUGUUUGACACUGAAACAGAGGAGUGAUGUAUUCCGAGACACAGAAUAGUGCCUAAGGUGCUGCAGCCAAAGACAGAGGGGGUAUAGGAAACGUGGGCUUAGAUGUGGCAGGAGAGCUUGUCCUUGAACCUGGCAGUUGAGCAAACUGAUGCUGACGAUGAUUGAGGUAGAUCUAUCUCAUCUCUGAAAAUUCUGGAAGAAUGGAGAAAUCUCAAAAUGUAUUUCGCCACCCAGGAUCCUUGUAGCAUGGUUUGUAUGUGGAGCCAAGAACCCCCAAGUGCCUGCCUUUGAUCAUGUUUAUAGAAAAUGCUAGCUGAUCUGAACACACUUGCCCAAUUCUGAGUGCACAUAGAAAACUGAGAAUCUUAGAAAUUCCAAUUUUUUUCU